AUGGAAAAUAGAUGCAAAGUAAAAGUACCCCAGCCAGUAAAGGAGCUGCGAGGCGUUCUCAACGCCGCGACUACGUUGAGCAAAACGAGGGAGAUCUUGCGGGGGAAGUGUUUUCAGCUCACUUCUCCUACAGGGAAUGAGCCCUCUCGCCUAUCGCGGACACCGAGGAAACGCAGCAGAGAUGGGCACCUGGGCUGCCCAGAUCCUCUGGCAGCCUCCGUUGCUCGUUCACUUCGCUCCUCCUCCGCCUUUGCUGCCGCCGCAGCAGUCUCAAAACUGGAGCCACAACGUCCCCAAGAUGAAAUCCAUGCUGGGUUUCAGCCACGGUGCCGGCCCAGGGGCUGGCGAGGCCUGGGCGACAGAGCAUGUGAGGAGACGAGUGAAAAACCCAAAAAGAAGAAAAAGCAAAAGCCUCAGGAGGUUCCUCAGGAGAAUGGAAUGGAAGACCCAUCUAUCUCUUUCUCCAAACCCAAGAAAAAGAAAUCUUUUUCCAAGGAGGAGUUGAUGGGUAGCGAUCUUGAAGAGACCGCUGGCAGCACCAGUCUUCCCAAGAGGAAGAAGUCUUCACCCAAAGAGGAAACAGUUAAUGACCCCGAAGAGGCAGGCCCCAGAAGUGGCUUCAAGAAAAAGAGGAAAUUCUCCAAAGAGGAGCUGGUCAGCAGUGGGCCUGAAGAGGCGGCUGGCAAGAGCAGCUCCAAGAAGAAGAAAAAGUUCCAUAAAGCAUCCCAGGAAGAUUAGAAUGCAAAUGGACAUUCUCUGGGAGAUGGGGCAUACCAUAGCCCAAGGUGACAUUUCCCACCCUGUGCUGUGUUCCCCAAUAAAAACAAAUUCACAAAAAA